GCAGUGGAGAGCUUCUGGCUGCCACCCUCCCUCUCCGUGCGAUGGUUGCUCGUCACCAACUCCGCCCGGCUUAAGUUGGCGCUCAAGGGAAAAUACCCCCACAAGGUGGUAACAUCCAGCAUCAUACCACGUCACUCCAACCUGCUCCAUACAAGCCAACCUGAUACCGUUACAGGCAGGAAGCUCAGAGAGUUGCCAGCAGAAUCACCGUCUACAUCCGUCCGUACGUUGCCCGGACGCAGCAUCCGCGGUGGAGAAUCUGGACUGUUGAUUGGAAACAGGCACUCAGGCGGGAGUGCAUCAGUGUCAGCAGGGAGAAAGCUGGCUGAGAAUGAGACAACAGUAGCAGCAGCAGGGGCAGCAGGGGCAGCAGUCAAACCAUCAGCAGGAGGUGGCGAGGCAGAGGGCAGGGAGGCAUUUCUGGACAUAGUGGCGGAUUGGCUGGUGCUGGCGGGGAGCAGCGCCCACGUGCUCUCCCAGUCGGGCUUCUCUGCCUCAGCUGCUUUCUACUCUCUCCACCCCACCGCUGCCUUCCUGCCCGAUAAGUGUGUGCCUGAGAGCCCCCUGCAUGCUGACGCUCUGGGGAGGCUGCGCAGCGGUGUGUGA